AUGCUUCCUCCGACAUACUUUGAACUCACACCUCAAAUAUCCGAUGCUCAGGUUCAGACCAGUACAUUCAAUUCUGGAGAAGGAUCGUUGCAACAUCCUGUUGGUGCCUUUCCUUCAGACACACACACCCCGCUCUCGGAGCAAUGUGAUGACAUUACCUAUCCAGGCUCUGAGGUCACGGUAAUUCACCGCGUUCCGGGCAAAGCCAUUACAAGCUAUUGGCGUCAGGACCCAAGUGGCGCCUUUCUCCUCCACCACGAGGCAAGGGGAGGCCGAUUUGAAAACGAAAGCAGCAGCACAACCCUUAGUUGUGCAGAUAGCUACCAAGCACAGCAAAACGCGCGGGAGAAUGGAGGAUCUAUUUGCGAGAACGGAAUGAAGGCAACUACAACGGAUGUUGAUGACGGGACUACUGUGUGUGCAGUCUCCCAGAGGUCACUUACCAUAGGUUGUAGCGAAAAAAAUUACCACUGUCGAAGGCGUCGCUCAUCGGAUGGUGGGGGUGAGCGAUACUUGCUCGAUCGCCAUCGGAAGCGAUCGCACAAAAACUCUGCUCACUGUCUGUCUGAAGGUGAAGUGACCGGUGCCGUUGGGGGUGGGAGGAGGCAUGGGAGACAUCGAUGGAGUCGACGUCGAAGUGAAGAACAUCAGCGCAGUGCUAGCACUCACUCACCCUCAUGCAAUUGUGAUUACUCCUAUCGGAGCUCCUGGACCCACGGCUUUAAUCACGGCCACGCGAAUUCUCUACCUACUAUGAAAAAGCACUGGUACCGCGAGCCAAACUCCUCACCGAAGCUGCGGCGGCGAAAACCCAUAACAGGAAUGUUUGGUGCAAAUUUAGUGGCCUCUCGGGAGGAGGAGCGGUGGUCAGACAGUGAGCAGAUUCGGAUGCGUCUCAUCAGCCCGAAUUAUUGUGGACUUCUCUACGUGCAGCCGAUUGUAUGCGUCUGUCGUAGACUACGCAUUUGUCCACUUUCUGCCUCCGCACUUCUCAACCGCAAGUUCCGCGCCAUCGAAUGCAUCAAUCUGGACUUCUCUCCAUUUGAUCCCGCUACCCUACACCCCUUUCCCUCCACCGAGCGGCUAAUUGGACUUACUUUGUCAGUAAAUUUUCUUGGAGUUGGCGCGACCUGUGCAUUUUGGGUAGCGUUCGCAGCACGCUGGAUGAAAUGGCUGCUGCGGCCGAGGGCGGAGCACUUCUCUGCGGUGUCACAAGAUCUCCAUGCGCAGUUUGGACUGCCGGCGGCUGUGGCGCCUCCGGCCGAAACCUCGGGCCAGAUCGAUCCCGCCAACCCAUCCUACGCCAGCCUCGUUAGUUUCGUGCUUACCUUCACGGACACUCUUCUUCUGCUGCAUCUGGUCGGUGUAGUGUUGCGCACGUGGAAUUGUAUCAAGGGUGGGGGCAGACACUACGUUGUGCAGGUUGUGCGCUCACCGGACGGGGCGAGCAAAACCUACCGGUUGACGGGAGCCAGUCUUGAGGUGGUCGCGAUGCAGAUCAUUCAGAAGUAUAAUGUAGACUUCCCACUAUAUGAUGCUCAAGUCGCCAGUGCGCCUUAUCGGUACAUUCGGAUCUCACCGGAUUCGCCGACAAACAGGAGCUCAAAGGCCUACUCGCGUCGAGCCUCGCUGCGUCUGCGUCAGAAACUGGCUUCCUUCUCCUGUCUUACACAGGAGGAGCAAGAAUACCAGAUGAAGCGUUGCAGCAGCGCCGGUGGCGGCAGCUCCUUUAAGUUUUACUCUCUAGACGGUCCAGAGGCCUGCUUGACCGCCGUCGAAUCGCUCACAACCUUGAAGGGUGGCGGGUGUAUCGACUCCAGCGAGAGUGGACGGAAUGUAAGCGCACUCUGCGCGGACCGCUACCACAGUGAGGCGGAGUUCGAGCGAGUUGUGCGCAAACGACGUAUGCGACUGCUGAUUGUUACUGAGAAGGCCUUCACCGGCGUUGAGGCUGUCUCGCCUGACGAGAUUCGAGUGCCCGGCUGCAACGGGACAAUGCCACCUCGUCAAGCAGCCCAGGUUCUCUUUCCGAAAAUCAUAGUCCCCUUACAAAAGUACCUACGACUGACGCGCUUGCAGCAUCUGCACCCACCGGACACCAUUCUCUCGCGACUCUCUGUCUGUCUUGCCCAUUCGGCGUCUGCCGAGGCCUUUCUCUCCGUCUUCCGCAGCGAGGAGCCCAGUUCCAGCGUCUUCGCAGCAUUUUUGGCGCCGCGGCGACCUACUGGUCUCGGAGCGGCACCUGAAGCCGUGGUCGGAUGCUACAGGCCGUCGUCGCUAGCCCACGUUCAACUGGCACAGUCCUGGCGCCUCCACCUCAUUGACGCUGAGGGCGCCUCUCGUCCUCCCGCCAUGUUUCUCAAGCCUGGAACCCGCUUCCACCUCUCCCGCGCCGGUGUUACGCUUUUCUGCCAUAUCCAUUUGGAGCCUCUGCUUAGCCUUAAAAGGGUCAAACAGACGCUGCGGAUGGUGGAGGAAACCUUCACUCUCUGA